GUGUCUCCCACCGCCUUCAACGCGCUCUUUAUUGUCUCUCCUCUGAACAAAGCUCAACACAAGCUCUCUCUCCCUCUCUCUCUCCCCCCUCCGCAAAACCCUGUAAAGAUGUUCACCGAGGGUCUAGACCAAAGCGCAAUCAAUUGGAUCAAACAGGGAUCGGAGAUUGAACAACACCAUGCUCGAUCGCCAUUAACAGAAAAUUUUGAUCAUGAAUUCAUCGCACCCAGAUCUCCUUUGUCUUUCAAUAGCAGUACUUACAUGUCUCCCCAUGUUUUGCCUCCCCUGAAAUUCCAUUCUGGCUUGCUUGGACCUCAUAACACAGUCACUCUUAGUCUGGAUAGCAAUGAUGCAGACGAUGAUGAUGGUGAUGAUGAUGAAAGUGUGGCCUCGGUUCCAAAUGAUCCGGGUGGGCAUUACUCCGAGGAAGAGGGUUUGAGAUAUAGUGAUGUUGAAUCUCUGGAAAAGUCUGUUGAGAAGUCUUAUGACAAUGACAUGUUUGGUUCAAAAUUGAACAGAAAUUUGAAUCAAAGUACAGUUUCUGGAUUGGAGGGUGGACAAGGGUCUACUCUGAAUAAAGGGUUGUUGAUGGAGGAUCUUCGGAUUGAAGUGCCGGAAAAUUAUAGAAGAUUUACGGAUGGUGUAUUAGGUUUUGGAAUGCGUGGUGCACACCUAAACACUGAAUCAGGUGGAAGCUGUCGAUUGCAUGAAAGAGUUCAAUUACACAAUGCAUAUGGUACUCCCAUUAGUAAUGAUAUGCGAAAUGAUGUGACAGACUUGGGGACUCCUAGUGCACCUCCAAUUAUAGAUAUUGGAAGAGAAGGAAACAAAUCUGGAGCUGAAAAUGAACUAAGAGAAGAUUCUGAAGGUUUGACUGAAAUGGAGAGGAGUUUUGAUGCGAUACACUUGUCUAAAGAAUCAGAAGAUGGUUUUCAAGGUGAUAAAGAGGCAUGUUCUGAUUGGAGAGUACAAUCUCAAAAAAAUGAACAUGUUGAAAGGGAAAACAAAACAGUAGCUGGAGAAAAGGAAGCACCGGCCCCUUAUUGGCAAACAAAUUCAUUUGAUAAUUCACCCUAUUAUGACGCCAGUGGUCAAAAUGCAUGGCAAACUCUAAUUGCCUAUGAUGCAUGCAUUCGCCUUUGCCUAAAUGCCUGGGCAAGAGGCUGCACAGAGGCACCUGAAUUCCUACGCGAUGAGUGCCUGGUUCUCCGAAGUGCAUUUGGGCUACAUAAACUUUUAUUGCAACCUCGAGGUGUUCAAUCAAUGCAAAGGAAGGGUACUUCAAGUACAGAACAAGCAGGCUCUUUGAAAGUAAAGAAAGUAGUUGGAAAGAUUAGAGUGGAAGUGAGAAAGCUUCGCAUAAUACCGAGACGGAAACUUAAGAGCACAUACUCACUGAGAAGUGCGAUGUAUAUGCAAGUGGGAGCAGAAUAUGUCCGACAUGUUUCAUCACUUGUGAAAACCAGCAUCAAUUCUCUUAAAAUUGCCUCAUUGUCGGUGACAUCUGAAGAGCGGCUGUCAUGCCUAUUUCACCUGAAGAGUUCUACAGAAGAUACUCAAGAUGAACAAGGUUCUGCUAUUUGCUUGCGGCCUGGAACUGGCGAUUAUCAUGUGUUUUUUCCAGAGAACCAAGGUGAUGCUCUUUUACUCGAAGUCCAGGAUACCAAGAAAACUAUCCAUGGUCGAGCAAUAAUUCCAAUUGCAUCAUUGACUGAAAAUCCUAAUGAUAGAAUUCGGUGGUGGCAAAUUUACCAUGAUGAUCACGAAUGUGUUGGAAAGGUCCAGCUCUCCAUUGGUAGCACAAUUACAUCCAACGAGACUGCCCACAUCAAGAGUGGACCUAUUGUGGAAACGCUUGCAUAUGAUCUGUUGCUGGAAGCUGCCAUGCGUUCACAGCACUUUCAUGAGCGAAAUUUAAGGCUAGAUGGACCUUGGAAAUGGCUGCUUAGCGAGUUUGCCGACUACUAUGGAGUAUCAGAUUCAUACACUAAGCUAAGAUAUCUUUCAUAUGUCAUGAAUGUGGCAACUCCUACAAAAGAUUGCUUAGAGCUUGUGUAUGAGUUGCUUGUGCCUGUUAUAAAAGCCAGGACUGAGAAAAGCUUAACUAGACAAGAGAAAAGCAUAUUGUUGGACUGUGAAACCCAAGUUGAGAGUCUCUUGGCAACUGUCUUUGAGAACUACAAAUCGUUGGAUGAAAACUCUCCAUCAGGUUUAACAGACAUAUUUGGUUCAAUACCAGAGGUCGCUGCACCGGCUUUAGCACCUUCAGUGCAAGUAUACACUCUUCUUCAUGAUAUACUUAUUCAAGAUGCACAGACAGUGUUGAGAAACUAUCUACAGACAGCAGCAGCAAAGAGGUGCCGCAAGCACAUGUUGGAGACUGAUGAGUUUGUGUCGAGUAACUCCGAGGGCAUUCUUAUGGAUUCCAUUACAAUCUCCACAGCAUAUUUGAAAAUGAAGAACCUUUGUAUAAAUAUAAGCAGUGAAAUUCAGGCAGAUAUUAAGAUCCACAAUCAGCAUAUACUCCCUAGUUCAAUUGACCUAUCAAGCAUCACAGCCGCGGUUUACAGCAUCGAGUUGUGCAACAGGCUUAGAUGUUUUCUCGCUGCAUGGCCUCCAUCUAGCCCCCUGUCACAUGUAAAUGAACUUCUGAUAGCAACUGCUGAUUUUGAAAGGAGUCUCGAAUUGUGGAAUAUCAGUGCAGUGCAAGGUGGUGUGGACUCGAGAAAUUUGUAUCACAAUUACAUAAUGGUUUGGGUACAGGAUAUGCAACUUACCUUACUCGAGCUUUGCAAGGCAGAGAAGGUGCCAUGGUCUGGGGUACUUACAAAUCAUUCUACCUCACCAUUUGCUGAGGAAAUGUAUGAGAAGAUCAAAGAAAUGCUUAUCGAGUAUGAAGUUGUCAUGAAUAGAUGGCCUCAAUAUUCAUUGGUUUUGGAGAAUGCUGUCGCAAAUGUGGAAAGAGCAAUCAUAAAAGCAAUGGAAAAGCAAUACAGUGAUAUCUUGACUCCAUUGAAAGAUAGCAUUCCAAAAAGGCUUGGUAUGCAAGUUCAUAAACUAACAGGAAGACAAUCAACUGCUCUUUACUCUGUUCCUAGUCAAUUGGGAACUUUUUUGAACACCAUCAAGAGGAUUCUUGAUGUUUUACACUGCAAGGUUGAGGACAUUUUGAAGUCUUGGGCAUCCUAUCUACCUGUCAUUGAAGAUAAGAAGUCGCUUUUUGGAGAGCAGAUGAACGGAAUAACUGUCCUGUUGAGAACAAAAUACAAAAAUUACAUGCAGGCAACAGUAGUGAAGCUCGUCAACAAUAUGCAAGAUAAUAGGAACACACGGCUCAAAAGGAUUCUAGAGGAAACAAAGGAAGCAGAUGGAGAGGCUGAGGUCCGUGAAAGAAUGCAAAUGCUAAGUUCACAACUCAUCGAUUCCAUAUCUAACUUGCACGAGGUCUUUACAAGUCGGAUAUUCAUUGCAACCUGUCGUGGGUUUUGGGAUAGAAUGGGGCAGAUCGUGUUGAAAUUUCUGGAGGGCAGAAAAGAAAAUCGAGUCUGGUACAAUGGCUCUUAUUAUGCUCUUGGGAUUUUGGAUGACACUUUUGCUUCCCAGAUGCAGCGAUUGCAAGGAAAUGCCCUCCAGGAGAAAGAUCUUGAGCCCCCUCGAUCAAUUAUAGAAGCUCGAUCCAUACUUAGUAGAGAUGCAACAAAUGCAACAGAUACAUCUACUUACUUAUAUUUCUAGGAUUAAUCAUUCUUGCUUUUCUGUUGUAAUAGCUAAAUUAGUAUCCAUACUUACUGUAUAUUUGCAACACAGAUGUGCCAAAUAAGUUCAGUGUAGUUUUGUUUGUAAUCUUUUAUAUAUCAUUCUUUAUGUAAUCUACCGAUUCUUUCUGUUUUGUAUUCUUCAAUAUCAAUAAAAGCUAUCAAAUUUCCAGUAA